UUGCUGGGUUUUGGGUCAGGAGACUAACCUGGGGGUAUGUCUGCAGUAAUCAUCACAGAUGGAAAAUGAGAAAAACCAUGCGCUGCCUGGUACUCUGUGCUAUGUGCUUUGGACAAAUUUGAGUGUUGGUAGAGAAGGUUUGCUACCUCAUGUGCCAUCCACUGGGUAAGGACAUGACCCACAAUACCUUCAGAUGCAGGCUCGUUCCCGGGGAGAAAUCCUGACCCCAAAUCAGAGGAACUGGAGCCACACUCAGCGGCGACGUAAAUACAGGAAGUGCUGACUCUCAGCUCCUCCGAGAAUGGGGAGCUGGGGUCCCGCUUUCCGUGUCCUCCUGGAACCGGAGCCUGAGGCGAAAGCACGAACUGCCCUCCUGUUUGUAACCUUAAAAGUUAAUUUACAGCAAAUAACUGAGAAGAUAAAUUGGUUUGAGAAAGAAAGCAGAGAACUUGCUGAAGAAAUAUCCAUUUGGGAGCAGAAGAUCAGGGAAGCAAAGAAACAUCUAUCAGAAACUGAGACAGAAAAUAUGUUUCUCUCUGAUGAAACUCCUAAAUUGAAGUUGCAAGAUGAAUUUGAAGAUCCAGAGCUGAGAGUCUUGAGGUCCAAGAAAUAUGACCUGGAAGACAGUAAAAAGGUCCUGGAAGACAAGUGCAAUGCAUUGAGUUCCAUGAAAACAACGAAGGAAGCAGAAUUGAAACAGCUGAAGAAGAGAGUGGAUACCUUGACUGAAUUCUAUGAACAGACAAAAGUGGCUGCAGAAGAGAAACUGAAAAAGACACACUAUGAACUGGUGGCAAAGAAGAAUCAGCUGUCAGCUACAGAGAAAAAUUUGAAAGUAGCCACAGAAGAAAUAGACAAAUACAAGCAACAAGUCCAAGAAAUGCAAGAACAGCUGCAGGAGUCAGAACUGACCUUCAGACACCAGAUCGCAGUUCAUGAGAAGAAUGCUCAAGACAACUGGGUCAAGGCUCGGUUUUGGGAGAGGGAGAUAGCGCAGCAAAGCAGGGAGAAAGCCUACUUGAAACACAGACUGGGCUUACUGGAAGAAAGAUGCUGCCUGAGAGACACAGGAGGCAGGAGCUGAUUCCGGGAAGACCUGAGACGCAGAACCCUCCAGGGAGAGGACUGUUUCAGAUUUGAAGACCUCCCUGAGCAGUAACAACCAGGCUAUGAAGAGUGUAUAUUUAGAACAUGUGUCAGAUCUGCCUAAUGGUCAGAGUGUUUCCCCUUUCAAUCCUGUCCCCUGUGCUUUGUCACUCCUGGUAUCCCCCUAAUAAACGUUUCAUGUUUCUUUCUUCA